AUGUUUGUAAGGCUGCUGAUGGUGCAACAUAUUCUCAGAGCACGGAACAAAAGUCACAUUACGUUUCCGGUUCCCUUACUCUUGCUUUGCAUCCUGUUAAAAAUGAGUGGCUGUCGCGUUUUCAUUGGCCACUUGAGCCCACACGCCAGAGAGAGGGACGUGGAGAAGUUUUUUAAAGGAUAUGGGCGAAUCAGAGAAAUAAAUUUGAAGAACGGGUUUGGAUUUGUGGAGUUUGAUGACUACAGAGAUGCUGAUGAUGCUGUUUAUGAGUUGAAUGGAAAAGACUUGUGCAAUGAGAGAGUAACUGUUGAACAUGCUCGCUCAAAGAGAGGCGGCGGCGGUGGCGGCGGCGGAGGAGGUGGAGGAGGAGGAGGCGGCGGCGGCAGAGGCGGCCCAGGAAUGGGACGUUUUGGCAGCUAUGGUUACCCUUCAUCUCGCAGUUCAGGAUCUAGGUAUGGACCCCCUGUUCGCACAGACUACAGGUUGGUCGUGAAGAACCUCUCCACACGCAUAAGCUGGCAGUUGCUGCCGGGCUUUACACUGCAUUGGUCCCAUUUGCUAUUUGGACAAGUGGCUCUAUUCUUGUGUCUUCCUGGGUAUGGAACGGAUCUUAAAGACUUGAUGAGAAAAGCUGGAGAAGUCACUUUUGUGGAUGCUCACCGACCCAUACAGAACGAAGGAGUGGUCGAGUUUGCUUCCCGUAGUGAUAUGAAGAAUGCCAUGUCCAAACUGGAUGGUACAGACUUGAAUGGACGCAAAAUAAAAUUGUAUGAGGACUCCAAGGAUCGUAGUCGCUCUCGCUCUUAUUCAAGGAGCCGCUCCCGGAGCCGUGGUCGCACUCGGUCCAGAUCUAGGUCCAGGGGACACUCCCGGUCCAGGUCCAGGAGCCGAUCCAGGAGCCGAUCCAGGAGCAGAACUCCAGAGAAGAAGAACGGAUCCAGCAAAUCUGCCAACAAGUCCCCUCCGAGCUACCCUCCCCAACUGUCACAGAGCAGCGUGCACAGCCACAACAAGCCCCACGGAGAGAGCCGCCGGACUGCUGCUCUGUCUGCGGCCACCACCACUGCAGCGCGGGCAUGA